UGCUCUCGGGAUUGAACGGAUGACGUCAUAAUGGCCGUUCUGUUUCCUUGACGCCCGUUCUUUUGCACAUUUCCUCCAUACAGUCUAAAACCAAAUUCAGACAAAAACAACACUGACUCGCUUUACAGAAGGUUGAAGAAUGGUACCGACCAAUGAGAUAUCUGCUUCAGCCAGCAACAGUGCCCAACAAUGUGCCAACGUUGUGGUUGAUCAGAAUUUUCCCUGUCCUCUUCUGAGCAAAAAAAUGAAGAAGGAUAACUUGAUGUUGUUUAUCAAAAAGAUAUCACAAAAGUGUCUCAGUGAUACCAAGGACCCUUUCCGAGUGGAGGCUUAUUUCUACUGGCAGAUCAUGGAAUUGUUCUGCCGUCGAAAUGGAAAAGCUUUAAUGUGUGAGGUUGCCUUACUCCUCUUGAAGGGCCACCACAAGCUUAGGAAGAAGCUCAGAGAUGCAGUGCACUAUAAGAGCUGGUGCAUUCCUCUCACGCAACUGUUGUUCUCCUCUGCCCCUGAUGAUGAGCACAGAGAAGCUGUGAUUAAGAUGGGAGAUGAUUUUGCCUCUAAAGGACUGACCUACCCAGCUCAUAUCUGCUAUGUGGUGGCGAAAAUGGAUCUGGGUUCACGUGACCAGUUUCGUCUGAUCGGAUGCGACAGUGUGCCAUUUGGAGUGACGGUCCUGAAAGAAGCCAUUAUAAGAACUGAGACGUACGAAUACAUGCUGUCACUGACCUCAGGGGUCGUCCAGCCCAGCUUCCAGAUCUUCAAGUUGUUCAACACCAACCGGCUGCCCAUGAUCAGACAUAGCGAUAUCGCCCUUGAGUACUGUGAGACCAUUGCUAGGGCCAUCAUCUCUAUCCCUAACAGCUUCAAACCGUCCUUUUUGCAACGGGUGAUUAUGCUGUCUUGCAACCUGCAAAAGGCCCUACAGCAGGAAAAGGAACCCGAGUGGCUGCUGGAACUUCGGCAGCUGCACCGUGACAAAAUAGCUGAUGCAAAUGCAAACAAUAAUGCAGAAGCAGAGCAGAACAUGCCGUCUACCAGCUCGGAUGUGAUUCCUGAGCUUCUGGAUUUAGAAUGUGACCUGGAGACCCCCGCUGACAGGUUUCCUGAUCCGGGCCUGAACAUUAACCAGGAGGAUUUGUUUAAUUUGAAGUACGAAAUGGGAUACCUGCUGGGGCAGGGAAGCUUCGGCGCCGUGUUCGCAGGUUUGCGUAAAAAAGACUGGAAACAGGUUGCCAUUAAAUGUGUGAACAAGAGUCGCUUCAAUGCGCUCAUGCGCAUACCCAGAGACACGGACGCAAUGCCUAUGGAGGUGAUUCUGUUGAAGAGAGUGUCCCAACCACCACGGUGCAGCAACAUAGUGAAUCUGCUGGAGUGGUUUGACCUGCCGCACGAGAUCAUCAUUGUUCUGGAGUGGCCCAGGCCCUGCAUGAACCUUAAAAGUUUCGCUGACCUUCAGAAAGGUUGUCUGACCGAAGCCCAGACUCGAGACGUCAUGCUGCAGGUGAUUCGAGCGGCUCGUCACUGCUGUGAGCGUGGAGUUUUGCACCGCGACCUCAAGGCCUCGAAUAUCCUAAUCAAUCCUGAAACAAUGCAAGUCAAGGUGAUAGAUUUUGGCUGUGGUGACUUGCUGAAGGACACACCCUUCGACAGCUAUUUUGGCACUCCUACUUUCUGUCCUCCUGAGUGGUUCAUUUUCAAGGAGUAUAAUGGCAUUCCUGCUACCAUCUGGGGUCUCGGCAUCCUCCUGUACAGUUUACUCACUGGAACAUACCCCUUUAAAACGGAGCAGGACAUGGAUACUGGGCACCUGAAAUUAAUUCCUGGUUUGUCUCAAGAUUGCUUGGAUUUGAUGCUGUGGUGCCUGGAGUUAAACUCCGAUUUGCGUCCAACCUUCGAGGAUUUGCUCACGCAUGAGUGGUUUACAAAGGGGAGCUCAGGACAAAGUCCAGGUUCGACAGCGAACACAUCUAAUAGUUGAUCUCAUUAAUAUGAGCCAAGGUGUGCUGUAGCAGUCUGUGUUAUAGCAUCGAACCAAAUCAUACAUCUGUUUUAGAUCUAUCCUGAAAUCCACUUUUGUUAAACUGUAAGAGAAAAGAAACAUCUUCAUUAAAAAAAAAACACAUUUAAAUAUAAGGAUACACACAUAAAAACCGUAAUAGAAAAUCCCCUUUCUCAUUCCAAUUGGUGCCACCGGUGCCUUUGUGAAAAGCUGCUCGAAAGCCUCAUCAAAUUCUGAUCUCACGUCAGUGCGUAAGCUCCCGAAAUGCCUAGCUGUCUUAGCGCUCCACUGAUGACGCACAAGGUCAUGCUACGGCGGAUGCUUGCUGCUGUUGCUGCGUGCGUGUGUGUGUGUGUGUGUGGGAGGGUUUCUUCAAGUCUUUUCAGGGCAAAAUCCUCUGACUACCUCUGUGACUCACCGACAUCCCAAAUCGACCUGGAAUCACGGGAGGUGACUGGACUCAUCGGUACAUCGUCUCUUCAUGCCGCGUUGCUGCGAGAACCGUUCUUCUUUCUCCAGACUGUGGUCAAAAGAAGAGAAAGCCCGUCACAGGACCCUUGUGUGAACUGGGAGUAAGAGAGAAGGAGAGACCGAGAUCUGAUGACAAAUUAAAAAAAAUCCAUUAUUAUCCAAUUCAUUAAACACACUGAACGUUCUGAUAUUUAAAAAACAUUUCUGUGUACGAUGGACUCGAAUGCUAUUUAAGCACAGGAAACCAUCCUCCAUUUUCUAUAACUUUAACAUUCUUCCUGUUGCGAAGCAGAUUUAUUUCUCCACACAACAUUUUGUCAUCGCUCCCUGUAGUCUUGACUAUGUUGGAAAAAUAUGAUAUAUAUUUUUUUAUUGAUGUUUCUUAGGAUGGUGGUUGUCACUGAGUUUUAUUUUUACACACACACAUAUUUCUACUUAAUCAGUAAUUAUGUUGAUAUCCUUAAUAGUUUCACCUCAUGUCCAGGGUCAUUCUAUCUAUACAUCGUUAAUAUAAAGUUUUCCUGGUUGCUUAGCAACAAGAUUCUCAGACUCUACCCGCUUGUGUAUCCUCAAUCACUAGUUAUUUUUAGAAAACACCAUCAGACUGUAACUCUCUUGUAUUGUCCCAUUGUAUGUUUAUGUACCGUUUUGUCCUCUUUUUGCUGUAUACUUGUAUAUGGCUAGAAUGACAAUAAAAACAUCUAUAGUGUAA